AUGGCGCGGCAAUCGCUGUUGUGUCCUGGCGAAGAAUUCCAGAAAACCGAUGACCAGCACAAGCUCAAGCACUUCUGGCGCCUCGGUGAGGGGUUCGAAGGCGUGCCAGCGCCACCUCCGGCGGCCAGCCUCGCCGCCGCGGCGGCUAACGGCCCGCCCGCUCCGCGAGCAGGCUCGGCGAGCGACUACGUGGAGUACGUUGUCUGGCUUCUCGGCGUGAUCGGUGUGCUGUACUUUCUCGCAAACCCGAACGCGCGCCGGAACUGGCACGUCGACGAGCGCGACGAGGCGUGGAACGACGACGCGGGCGGCGAGGGCGACGGCGAGGAGGGCUUGGCAGAAGCGUGGCAGCCGGACUCUGCUGGCGACGACGCCGCCGCGCGGCGAGAAUCAUCCAGCCAGGCCACGUUCAGGCGUCGGGGCGGGCGGGCAGGGCAACUCGACGAGUGA